AUGGAAAUGACAAUAAGGAACGGAACCUUUGGUGAGGAUUCCGUAGCACAGUAUCUACCCGAGUUAUUCAAGUUAUCAGCGGCAGUGAUUAUAGUUGUUGGCACUCACUGGUUUGAGAGCGAUCCGGAUUUCUUAUUAUUAUUGGCAUCAUUGUCUUCCGCACGACUUGCCCUCGCCUUUCAUGGAGAAGUAGCAGCUGAAGAAGCAGUUGUUAUUGGACGUCUUCAUUGUCACUUCGUGCGUUGUGGUGAAGAAGCAGAAUUUUUAAAAGAACAACAUGCUGAGAAACUGAGUAAUGUGAUGCACAACUCAGCUUGCUAUACAUGCGAAUAUGUGCUCAAAUUUCCUGAUGUCAAAAAGGAAUUGGCGAUUGCGAUGUACGAAUUUCUCUGCAUAUACAUCAACUUUGGUGGCCUCGAAACCCUUUCUUCAGAUUUUACUAACAAUCUUGGAGCAGCUCUUCUCAGUGUUUGUGGUAUAUUUCAAAAGAUUCAUUUAUCAUUCGUUCGAACUAAUUUUCGCUCUUUUCAGAGCAUUAUGUGA